AUGAGACGCUCCAGCACGGAUGAGACCCCGUACAGGCGCAGUCCAUCCCUGGACAGCAAGCCCGACUCCCCGCCGUUCACCUCCGGGUUCCACCGGUUCAGCGGGGAGUUCGAGUACAAGCGGCCGCCGUUCGCGUUCGGCUUCCACACGACCAAAGGGCCGCAGACAUCCAAGGGGCGUUACGCACAGGGGAAGAAGUAUGUGGUGUUUUACCUGGACCUCUCCUUCAUCUUCCUCCUAGAACUGCGGCGCUGCAGGAUGGCAGAGGGUUGCAUGAUGGCCCUGCGAUACGGAAUGGUCUUCUUCAACCUCCUCUUCUGGUUGGGAGGAUGUGGCAUACUGGGAGUGGGAGUCUGGCUCUCGGUGACCCAGGGAAACUUUGCCACCCUAUCAUCAUCCCUUCCCUCCCUGUCGGCGGCCAACUUGCUCAUCGCGGUGGGGACCAUAAUCAUGGUGAUUGGCUGUUUGGGCUGUGUGGGGGCCGUCAAAGAGAGCCGUCCACUGCUGCUGACGUUCUUCAUCCUCCUCCUGCUCAUCUUCUUCCUGGAGAUUCUGUCCAUUAUGCUCUUCUUCAUCUACCAAGACGAGAUCGAUCACUACGCCCAGAGGGAUCUGAAGAAGGGCCUCCAGCUCUUCGGCACAGAGGGCAACGUGGGUCUGACUAACGCCUGGAUGAUCGUACAAACUGAUUUCCGAUGCUGCGGAGUAACCAACCACACGGACUGGUUUGAAGUUUACAAUGCCUCCCGUGUGCCGGACUCCUGCUGCCUGGAGUACAGCGACAACUGUGGCCUGGACAACCCAGGGACGUGGUGGACAGCGCCGUGCUACGAGCGGGUGAAGGACUGGCUGAAUGAGAACCUGGUGGCACUUUGGAUCUUUGCUCUAUGCACAGCACUUACUCAGAUCCUGGGCCUGGUCUUCUCCAUGACGAUGUUCUGUCAGGCAGUAAAAGUAGAGACGUUCUACGCUUAGCGACCGGCCUCUCCGGCCUUCAGCGCAAUGGGAUUAUUUCUCAUCAGAGAGGGACGGAUAUAGACCCACCCUCCUCCUCCUCUUCCUCCUCCUCCUCCUCCUCCUCCUCCUCCUCCUCCUCACCCUCCUCCCCAGACAGACUCUUCUCUCUCCUUGACCUCUCUGUGUCAUUCCCUCUCGGAUGUCACCACUUCACAGUUUUUCUUCUAACAAGCACAGUGUCAGUGUAAUACCUGAGUUGGUUUCCUAUGGUUUGCUCUGUGUCAAAAAAAAAAAAAAAAAAAAAGGUAAUGUCUGUGCUACAUUUUAUGAAGCAGUAUUAUGAACAUGUACAAGAAAAGAAAAAAAUAAUUGUAACCCCCUUUUUUUUAAUAUGUGUUUUGUUCUAUAAAUUAUUUUAUGGUUUGUGUGUGUUUUAAAAAUGAGAGCUACAGUUGGGGACCAUGUGAAGUGCUGCAAGUGCAUGUCUCCUGCGAUGGUGUGUAUUAAAUGUUUUGGC